AUGGAGGAGGAUGUGAUUAGAAUGCGUAAGCUGAGACAAUGUGUGAAAACAUUGAAAUAUAUCUGUUAUUUUCAAGCUCGGCGGUAAUUUAACACCUUUUGUUGUAACCGUACAUACCUACAGAUCCGAAAGCGGAUGGAUAUCAGUAAGAGAAUGAUGAUGACAUGAGCCUUUAUUGACGAAGCGAUACGAUGCUCACGCGACAAGCGUAUGGCUGAAGGUAAACCCGCCAGUGCGACAUAUGUUAAGAAGCAAGAGUGUAAUAUAGGUGGUGUAAAUCAAGGAAGAGGGCUUCUGUCUUCGAUGGUCAUGUUUUGAGAGGCGUGGUGGAGGGAUGAAGGCGGUGUUGACAUCCAGACGGCAGCGGGUCUUCUAUAGGCUCUUAUGUGCUGUUGGGCUCAUCGCCGUCACCUGCUUCGCGCAAAUUCUUCACGUAACAGCCUAUUCCAAAGAGUAUCCUGAGCUUAUCUGGGUCCAGCGUAAACUAACCCAGCAGAGUGUGGAGGAGAACCACACAUCAAGCACACCAAGAGCUGCUAUCCAUGAAUUUCCAGAAGACAUCUUCACUAAGGACCAGAGGAGGCAUGGGGCAGUUCUACUGCAUGUGUUUUGCGCAGUUUACAUGUUUUAUGCCCUUGCAAUUGUCUGUGAUGUCUACUUUGUGCCCUCUCUGCAAAAAAUCUCUGAGAACCUCCAUCUUAGUGAGGAUGUUGCAGGUGCCACCUUCAUGGCAGCAGGCAGUUCCGCCCCUGAGCUUUUCACAUCUUUGAUUGGUGUGUUCAUCACCAAGGGAGAUCUGGGGGUGGGCACUAUUGUAGGAUCAGCUGUCUUUAACAUCCUGGUUAUCAUCGGAGUUUGUGGCAUAUUUGCUGGACAGAUCAUCUCUCUGACCUGGUGGCCACUCUUCCGUGACUCUACAUACUACAUUCUCUCUGUGUUGGCUUUGAUUCUGGUAAUUUAUGAUGAAAAAGUGAUCUGGUGGGAGACUAUAAUCCUCAUAUCAAUGUAUGGAGUUUAUAUCCUUAUCAUGAAGUUUAACAGUCAGAUUUGGGGCUGGGUGGAGCAGAGGUUUGGCAUCCCAGGUCAGCCAUGUUUGGUAAGCAGUCUGCGCAGAGAUAUGUCGGUUGGAGAGGCAAGCCCACACUGUGACACCUCCAUUAUCCUCUUGCAGAAAGGUCAGAAUGCGGGUGGCCAAGACUCCCCGGUGGUGAUGGUGGAUGAGUUGAUGAGUCUACACCCACACCAUUUCUCUUUCUCAGAGGCAAGCCUUCGUGUCAUGAUCACGCCCCACUUCUCUCCCCGCACUCGCCUCAGCAUGGCCGGACGCAUGCUCAUCACUGAGAGGCAGAGGCUCAUUAGAAACAGGAGUCCUGGAGACAGCAGUGGCAGUGGAGCAGGGGACACUCUUGGCCAAGAUGGGCCUGGGAUGGAAGGGGUUCCUUGGGGCCUGGAAAAUGGAAGGACCCUUGAGAGUGAAACGCAGCCCCUUGAGGAACCCAGACAUAGGGGCCAAGGAGGGGAUCUAGAAAGGAUAGCAGACACAGAGGACACACAGCCUAAAGAAGAGGAGGAAGAAGAUGAGGAAGAGGGAGAUGAGGAACAACCCUUCAGACCACUUACUGUGCCAGAGGGGCACUGGGAGCAAGUGAAGUGGCUGUUUUCAUGGCCCUUAGGCUGCCUGCUGUACUACUCUGUGCCAAAUUGUGUUUUGCCACGCUGGGAGCGCUGGUUCAUGGUUACCUUUGUGGCCUCCAUACUCUGGAUUGCCAUAUUCUCCUACCUCAUGGUGUGGAUGGUCACCAUCAUCAGUUUUACAUUGGACAUUCCAGAUGUUGUCAUGGGUAUUACAUUUCUAGCUGCAGGCACCAGUGUCCCAGACUGCAUGGCUAGUCUCAUAGUUGCCCGUCAAGGUAUGGGUGACAUGGCAGUGUCUAACUCCAUUGGAAGCAACAUCUUUGACAUUCUGCUGGGUCUUGGAUUUCCAUGGGCUUUGCGCACACUUGUGGUUGAUUAUGGGUCAACGGUCUUCAUCAACAGUAAGGGGCUGGUGUACUCAGUGAUUCUACUCCUUGCAUCUGUUUUUCUCACUGUACUGAGCGUGCACCUGAACCACUGGAGGCUGGACCGGAAGUUAGGUCUUGGCCUCAUGUUCCUGUAUGCCAUCUUCCUGCUUUGCUCUAUCUGCUUUGAGAAGCUCUAGAUUCCAUUUGACAUAUUUGCUUAGCUGUAGGGUAGAUCUAGACCUAGAUAACCAUAUUUUACCCCCAGUCACUGCCUUAUCAGUAGCAGUUAUUUCAGCCAUAGAUUGAUGCCACGUUAAUGAACAAUAUAACUUUGACUCUGCUUAGAUGAGUCUGGUAGUUUGAGAGCAGGCUAGUUCUAAACACUGCUUGAAACAAAUCGCCUGCUAAACUCGAAACUGUACUCUUUACUGUACCUCUGAGGUAUUUCUACAUAGCAUACUGAGCUUCUUGAAGAGAACACAAAUCAAUUUCAAAACACAAGAUGUGAUAAAUUUAUAGAAGGUGUAUAAAAUGUUUACAGCACACAGGACACUUCCUAUAGCCUCACCUUUUGCAUAUUUGUAUUCUGAAAUCUUAAAGGACACAAUCAAACAUGUUACAAACAAAAAUACAUGACAUGCAAAAGAGUUCAAUCCCGAUACACUCAAUGUAUUGCGUUAUUUUUUCUUAUUUAUUUUAGCCUUCAGGUCUGUAAAAAUUGUGGUUUAAGGAUUUAGGAUUUUCCUGUCACUUUUGGUGUUUUUCCUUGAAAAAGAACAUUUUCUAGAAAAAGAAAAUAUUUUUAAGACAGUUGUAGUAUUACUGAUUAACCAAAAAUAUCCCUGUCUUUGGUAAGUGUUUACAUACCAAACAUACAUACAGUAGUGUUAUUGAAAGUGCCACUUAGAGGUGUCUGUUACAAAUUUUGAUAUGUAGUUGGCUAAUUGAAAUAAUGAAAUGUUUCUUUAUGUGCCCCACUGUAACACUUUGAACAGCAUUACAUGAGAAAGUACAAUCCUUAAUGAAAUCUUGAUACUGCAGGAAUAUUGUUGUUUGCUAUUCACAAAUAACUAGGAUUAUUCACAGGUCUUUUUAAUAUAAUUAAUGUAAUUAAGCACCACAUUAAUUAACAACUAAUCCUACAGAAAAGCAGACCUUAUUUGAUCUUUACCAAAUAAAACAAAAAUCAAAUUUUUAAGGACAUGUUUGCAAUCUAAUCUAGAUUUGGUGAAUCAUAUAGAUUUACUGUAUAUGACCCCUCAUUAUAAUUCUGAGAGCAGUGUAGGUAGUAUGAGACCUGGUCUUAAAACCGACAUAUAAGCUUUCUCUGUUUGAGUUGAAAAUGUUUUUGGUUCAUUUUGAUGUGAAUGCAAACAUACAGUACAGCUGUGUUUUAAUUGUUGUAAAGUUUCCUGAUUAAAAACGUGCAUAUGUUUUGGUUAUGUUGUGCAUUUAAUGUUUAAUUUUAAUUUUGUACUUUUAUUUUUUUUAUUGAAUUCAGAGUUUAAUUUUAAGACAUGUAUUGCUAAAAAGAGUUCAGCACUGAUAGUCAAAAAUGUCAUGCUUGUAGUUUUGCAGUUCUGUUAGUAAUAAUGAGCAGAUGUAACUCAUUGAAAUUCUGUGUUUUAUCCGUGAAACUACACCACACAUGAUGAGAAGUAUCUGUUGCUUAAAUGGGUGUGAGAAAUAAAUAGCAAAUGAUGUGAUUAGUGGCAGCCUAAAAGAGUAAGCAUCUCAUGACAUCAGUCGAACAUUUCCCUGUUUUCUAUUAAUUUUAGAACUCAUGUUUAAGCUUAAACUUAAGGCCAUCAUUACUAACUAUUUGUUACAGUUCUGUCUAUGUUCUUAAAAGAUUUUUGUAUGUUGUUAAGUGCAAUAAAACAAGGUCUGUGCAAUAU